AUGUCUGCCGAGGAGGAUCUGAUCGACUACUCCGAUGAGGAGCUGGCCACCAACGAGGCUGCCACCAGCAACGGCAAGAAGGCCGAUGCGGCCGCCUCUCGUAACAAUGUCGACAAGAAGGGAUCCUAUGUCGGCAUCCAUUCCACUGGAUUCCGAGACUUUCUACUGAAGCCGGAGCUUCUUCGCGCCAUCGCCGAUUGCGGUUUCGAACAUCCUUCGGAGGUCCAACAGACCUGUAUUCCCCAGGCCCUGCUUGGAGGUGAUAUCAUUUGCCAGGCCAAGUCGGGUCUCGGCAAGACGGCUGUGUUCGUCCUUACCACCCUUCAGCAGGUCGAGCCCGUGGCCGGUGAAUGCUCUGUCUUGGUCAUGUGCCAUACUCGCGAGUUGGCCUUCCAGAUUCGCAACGAGUAUAACCGUUUCAGCAAGUACAUGCCGGAUAUCAAGACCGGCGUCUUUUACGGCGGUACUCCGAUUCAGAAAGACGCCGAGAUUCUAAAGAACAAGGAGACGCAUCCGCACAUCAUCGUCGGCACUCCUGGUCGUCUGAAUGCGCUCGUUAGGGACAAGUAUCUCCGGCUAUCCAGCGUCCGAAUCUUCGUGCUCGAUGAGUGUGACAAGAUGCUUGACGCUAUCGACAUGCGGCGUGACGUGCAGGAUAUUUUCCGAUCCACUCCGCAACAGAAGCAGGUCAUGAUGUUCUCUGCCACGCUAUCCGACGAAGUGAAGCCGAUUUGCAAGAAGUUCAUGCAGAACCCGACCGAGCACUACGUCGACGAAGACACCAAGUUGACGCUCCACGGAUUGCAACAGUACUACAUCAAGCUCCAGGAGCGCGAGAAGAAUCGCAAGCUCAACGAGCUCCUGGACGACCUCCAAUUCAACCAGGUCAUCAUCUUCGUCAAGAGCACAAUUCGUGCGACCGAGCUUGACAAGUUGCUCCGCGAGUGCAACUUCCCGUCUAUUGCCGUUCACUCGGGUAUCAGCCAGGAAGAACGCAUUAAGCGAUACAAGGAGUUCAAGGAGUUCAACAAGAGGAUCUGCGUGGCCACCGACGUGUUCGGUCGUGGCAUCGACAUCGAGCGUAUUAAUUUAGCCAUCAACUACGAUCUGCCGGCUGAUGCAGACUCGUACUUGCACCGCGUUGGCCGUGCUGGCCGAUUCGGCACCAAAGGUCUUGCCAUCUCGUUCGUCAGCACCGACGCGGACCAGGAGGUACUCAAGUCUGUCGAGAAGCGAUUUGAAGUCGCUCUUCCAGAAUUCCCGAAAGAAGGCAUCGACGCCAGCACCUACAUGGCAUCCUAG